AUGGCCACCAUGGCGCGAGAGACACCGCAGCCACAGCCUGAACAACCGCGAUCCUCAGCCUCGACCUCAGCAUCCACGGCUUCACCAUCUACACAGUCUGCAUUCUCACUGCCUACGUCUACAAAGCUGCUUAUAGGCGGCUCAGCCUUCUUUGUUCUCUCGACCUUUAUCACUCGCCGCUCGCUCAACCGCCGCCGUCUGGCUGCUAUCCCUCAGUUCUACACUACCGCCUCCCACCACAAACCCAACGUCAGCGCACCGCUUGAGGCCCUGGAGGCUCUCAACCUCGCUACUCUCAAUGUCUUGGCCCUGGCCAUUCUCGGCGUCGGAGCAGGGAUGAAAGCCGUUGGAUUCGAGACCCUCGACGAGCUACGGAGGAUAGUUCGUGGUGGAUUGGGAGCUGAUGGCACGGGGAGGACGGAACAGCAGGUGGAGGAAGACAUGGAGGAAUGGGUUGUCUCCGUGCUGAAUCGGAAGGCCAGCAAGGAGAACGCAAAUGCGAAGGAGGCCGAGAAGCAACGGGCACAGGAUGAAAUCCGAAAAACCUGGUUGAAUGAGCGGGGGAAAGAGAGGUGA